UCAGCCCCCGGUACCUCCGUGGGCUCCUCGUCCUCCUGUGGCCGGCGUUCCCACUGGUGCAGCGUAGCCUACUGGGAACAGCAGACGCGGGUCGGCCGCCUCUACCCGGCCCACGAGCCCUCGCUCAGCAUCUUCUACGACCUACCUCAGGGCACGGGCCUCUGCCUGGGCCAACUCAACGCCGUUGCCAAUGCUAGCAAUGGUCACCGCUGCGACGGUCACCAUGGCAACCGUAGUCACCGAGGCGGUGGUGGUGGCAGCAGCACGGGCAGCUGUGUCCAGCGAACGCGCAGCAAAAUCGGCUACGGGAUUGUCCUGAGCCAAGAACCUGACGGAGUGUGGAUCUACAACCGUAGCCAGCACCCAGUGUUUGUCCACUCGCCCACCCUGGACCUGCCCAGCUCAGUGAGGGGACUGACGGUGAGGAGGGUGAUGCCUGGCUACUCACUCAAAGUCUUUGACUAUGACAAGUCCAGUUGGAUCCUGCAGCAGGGCAUGGAGCCCCCUGUGGGGCUGGAGGGCCCCUAUGACCCCCACAGUGUGAGGAUCAGCUUCGCCAAGGGCUGGGGCCCCUGCUACUCCAGACAGUUUGUCACCUCCUGCCCCUGCUGGGUGGAGGUGUUGCUCAAUACCCACAGAUAGCACACGGACUAGGAAGACAGACAGAGGGAUGGAUGGACAGGCAUACACACGGAUGGACAGACGGGGAAACACAAAUACAGUACACAUAUUUACUCACACAGGUGCUCACAGGUAUAUGUGUACACACAGACACACACACACACACACACACACACACACACACACACACACACACACACACACACACACACACACAAACACACACACACACACACUGACAGACACACACACACACACACACACACACACACACACACACACACAGAUAGCUAUCUCAACCAACUAUCCCAAAUAUACUCUACCUAGAUUUAAUAUAAAGUUUUAUAUAUUAUAUGAAAUAUAUUAUACUUGUAAAUACCAAGUCAUUUUUACAAUGCAAUUAUUUAUGUAUAGUGUAAUGUGUAUAUGGGCGAAAUAAAACAAAAGGAACAGAAUGAUGCACUUUGGAUUCUAUAUAUGCGUCUCAAUGCCUUUUGAAAGAGAUAUAUCCUGCAGACAACAUGACACACCCGGUUUUAGUUCUCAUAUUUUAUCAAUCACCUGAAAAAGUUAUGCCAUUCACACAUUGACAAUAAAGUACUCGUAUUCUAA